AUGUCGCUCAUCAAUGUUCGCCGCGAUGUCAGCGACGCCUUUUAUCGCUACAAAAUGGAGCGUCUGCAGACCAAGAUCGAAGGCAAGGGCAAUGGCAUCAAGACCGUCCUUGUCAACCUCUCCAGCAUCGCUGCCUCCUUAGCUCGCCCUCCAUCCUAUGUUAAUAAGUACUUUGGGUUCGAGCUCGGCGCCAUGAUCACGAACGACCCCAAGAACGAUCGUUGGAUUAUCAAUGGCGUCCACGAAUCGGCUAAGCUUCAGGACCAUCUCGACGGCUUCAUCAAUCGCUUUGUGCUCUGCAAGAAGUGCAAGAACCCCGAAACGGAUGUCAACAUUUACAAUGACCGCAUCCUCCUUGACUGCAAAGCAUGCGGCCAACGUACCGAUGUCGAUCUUCGCCUGAGACUCAGCGGCCACAUCAUCAAGAAUCAGCCCAACAAGAAGGGGAAAAUGGAUAAGGCUGAGCGUCGCGCCGCGAAGAAGGCCAAGCAGAAUGGCAAUGCUGGACGAGAUAACGGAUCCGGAAGUGGCGCCGACGAUGCCUCUGAUCACGUCUCCAAUGAGGUUGAAGAAAACGGAGACGCUGGUAGCGAUGACGAGUUUGAAAAGAUGCAAGCCGCCGCCCCCGUGGCGGACAUUGUCGUAAAGGACGACGAGUGGGCUGUCGACAUGAGCGAGGAGGCCGUCAAGGCUCGUCAGGCCCAGCUUCCUGGCGAGUUCAAGGCUAAGCUCAGCCUGAACGACGACGACGACGACGAUGGCGAAGGAGGCGCCACUGUUUACGACGAGUUUGGCAACUGGAUUCAACAGGAAGGCGAGGAGAAGGGAGGCAUUGAUAACGUCGAUUCCAUAAGUGUUUACGUCAAGGCUAAGGAACUGGCCAUUGAGGGUAAACAUCGCACCGUUUUAGUUCUCGCGCAGACUUUGUUCGAUCAGAACAUCUGUCUCCAGAUUCCCAAGCGUGCUAGCAUGCUGAAGCAGCUUGUGAACUCGGAACGCCACGAGAAGGCCCUCCUCGGCGGUACCGAACGCCUCAUUGGUGUCUCUGGUAAAGAUCAUCCGGAUCUCAUUCAGCAGGUUGUCAAGAUCCUACAGCUCUACUACCACUACGAUCUUAUCAGCGAAGAGGUCGUCACGAAGUGGGGCACAAAGGCCAGUAAGAAGUACGUCGAUCUGGCUACGUCGAGAAAGAUACGCAAGGCUGCCGAGCCGUUCCUCACGUGGCUCCAGGAAGCGGAUGAGGAGGAAUCCUCUGACGAAGACUAA